AUCCUUCCAUUCCCCUUUGACCCAAAAUUUGGAAAGUGAAUGCACGUGGAAACAUGACUUCCGUACAAAACAGGAAGUGUGAGAGUUGUGGUGAGGACAUGCCUAAGUACAGGUGUCCCAGAUGUGACCGCCUCAGCUGCAGCUUGCCCUGUGUGAAGAAACAUAAGUCUGACCAUGGUUGUGAUGGGGUGAGAGACAAGACUGCGUAUGUGCCUGUCAAGGAGUUUACAGAGAGACACCUGCUCAGUGAUUACAGAUUUCUGGAGGAGGUGGACAGAAGAGUGGACAAUGCCAACAGGGAUGUACAAGCACACAAAAGGACUAACAACAAAUUUAUGAACCUGUUGAGAAGCAAGGCCCGCCAGUCGGGGGUCACCCUGAAACUGCUGCCGGCAGGUUUUACCAGACGGAGACAGAACACAACACAGUUCAACAGGAAGUUCCAGAUGAUGAACUGGAGAGUUGAGUGGAGUUUCCCCCAGUCAGAUCUAGAGGCCUUGUACUCUGACAAAUGGGUACCAGAAGACACAGUGUUGAAAACGGCUCUUGAGAAAUACGUGGAUCCAGAGAAGGCCAACCCAGUUGUAAGACUCAGACUCAAAGCCUACUGCAGUAGAGAGUUGUCCCACAUACAUCUACUGAUGAAAGUUGAGGAGAGAAGGGCCAACUCUGUCAGGUAUGAUGAGCUGGAUGCAGACAUGACACUGAAGGAGAACCUGAGGGGCAAAGUUGUUGUGGAGUUCCCCACAAUCCUGGUGGUGCUGAGAGAGCAGAUGCACAAGUACAAACUGGUGGGAGAGGAAGACACCCCAGUAGAGGACAGCUCAUCAACUUCUAGCUCUGACGAUGAAUCAGAUUCAGACUCUUCAUCCUCUUCUGAUUCAUCUGAUUCUGAAUCCAGCCAAUCAGAGGAGGGAAAUCUCAGUUCCCAUGGAAAUGGAAACUCAGCUGACCAAUCAGUGCAGCAGCCAUCAAACGAGUCCACAGGUGUGACCACCAAUCAGGAAAACAGCCUUAUUACAGAUGACCAAUCAGAGCUGCAGGCACCAGGUGGUGUGGGGUCCACAGAGGUGACCACCAAUCAGGAAACCAGCCUUAUUACAGAUGACCAAUCAGAGCUGCAGGCACCAAAAGAUAGUGUAGAGUCCACAGAGGUGACCAUCAAUCAGGAAACCAGUCCCGUUACAGAUGACCAAUCCAAGCUGCAGGCACCAGCACAUGGUGUCGGGUCCACAGAGGUGACCACCAAUCAGGAAACCAGUCCUGUUACAGAUGACCAAUCCAAGCUGCAGGCACCAGCACAUGGUGUCGGGUCCACAGAGGUGACCACCAAUCAGGAAACCAGUCCCGUUACAGAUGACCAAUCCAAGCUGCAGGCACCAGCACAUGGUGUCGGGUCCACAGAGGUGACCACCAAUCAGGAAACCAGUCCUGUUACAGAUGACCAAUCAGAGCUGCAGGCACCAAAAGUGGGUGUGGAGUCUACAGAGUUCAUGGUGAAAGUUAUCACAAAUCAUAACAGCUAA